UGUUUCGCUUCCGGAAUUUUUAUUUCAUUAAUUAAAGAAAGUUGUAAAAAAUCAAGGAAAAUGGUGAUGUUGAGAUGUGUUUCCAAUUUUAGAAGAUUGCUAAUAAAACAGGGAAUAGGGACUAAUAGAAGAAAUGCCUCGAGUCUUCCUACUUCCUCCUUCAUGGAAUUCCAGAAGGAAUGGCCAGAAAAAGACCUCAAAGACUUCUUGCAGGACAUGACAGUUAUCCCGAACUUCUUGUCCAGUGAGGAAGUUGAUAAAAUCAUGCAGGAAAUAGAGCCCUAUUUGAAGAGAAUGCGCUAUGAAUUCGAUCACUGGGAUGAUGCGAUUCAUGGUUUCAGGGAGACUGAAAGGCAGCACUGGUACCCAGACAAUAAGGUUACAAUCGAGAGAAUCAGGAAUAUUGCUUUCAGAGGGGAAAUUCUGCCGCAUGUUCACAUCCUGGAUCUCGCAGAGGAAGGAGUCAUCAAACCUCAUGUUGAUAGCGUCAGGUAUUGUGGUUCAACGAUAGCUGGAGUUAGUCUUUUGUCGGACAGCGUGAUGAAACUGGUCAGGAUCGAUGAGAAAAAGUACCAACAGAAUCCAGAGAACGAUUACCGAAAGCAGCCGGACAAAGAUGAAAAUUCAACAGAUCCUGGAUAUUUUGCAAAUAUCCAUCUGCCUCAGAGGUCUCUCUACAUUAUGAGAGAUUCUGCAAGGUACAACUUUACCCAUGAAAUUCUAGGCAAUAAUGAAUCAUUCUUCAAAGGACGUCCUAUAAAAAAGACAAGAAGAAUAUCCAUAGUGUGUAGAAAUAAGCCAAAAGAUUUUUAAUAAAGUAUUUUCA